AGAAGUCAAGGCUAUACUGAGAUCUCAGUAAGUUUCACUUCUCACUUAAAUACGGAAGCUGCAGACGAAUAAAUGACAAAGAAACAGUAAAGACGCUUGCUCAGGAGCUGACAUUCAACCUGGCAAAUACCGCAUACUUCAUCCUGCAGUAUUUCAGGGGACCCGGGAAAAUGCUUCCACCCGUGAUAGUAACGUUCAUGUUCAUCUCUUUUACCUGUGGAGAAAAUCCUGCAAUACAAGUCACCCUGACUGACAAAGGACUUCAGUAUGGAAAGAAUGUAGUUGCAGGAUGGGUUCAGGAGCGGCUGAAGCUUGUCACUAUCCCUGACAUCACUGGUAAAAUCGGCUACGGGAUCAUCGGCAUAGACUACACACUAACAGGCAUCACCAUAACAAAGUGUGACUUGCCACAGCCAUCCGUUCAGUUCUAUCAGGACAUCGGAGGUUUCAAGACAUCCAUCUCUGGCCUUAGUGUGGCACUGUCCGGCGGAUGGAUGACAAAAUUUGGCAUAAUACAUGACGGGGGAUCAUUCAACAUGGCCAUAUUUAAUAUGGAUGUGACCUCUGUAGUGGAGCUGGGGAAAGAUGCUAACGGGCAUCUGUCUGUCACCAGUGUCCAUUGUGAUGCUCAUAUUGGAGAUGAGAAGAUAAAAUUUCAUGGUGGAGCUGGCUGGAUCAUCCAGCAGCUUGUGGAUUAUUUCAAGGGGCAUAUCAAGGGUGAAAUAGAGGGCACAAUCUGCCCUUUUGUGAAGGAAUCCAUUGUGACAUUGGAGGACCACCUACAGGCCAUGAAUGUUUCCUUUGAUGUGGAUGAAGCCUUUACGUUUGACCUCUCUCUCACCGGCGCACCCCUCAUUAAUGCUUCAAGUAUGAAUCUGGGUCUUAAGGGAGAGUUGUACGAUAUCAAAACUCACACAGACCCUCCGUUUGAGGCCCAGCCUUUCACCCUGCCUGAGCAGCUGGGCUACAUGUUGUCAGUGGGCCUGUCUGAAUUCACUCUGAACUCUGCCUCUUAUGGACUCUACUCAGCUGGAUGGCUCAAGGCCCUAAUCACCGACAGAAUGAUACCUUCACAAUUCCCUGUGCGCCUGAAUACCAGCUCAAUGGGGCCUUACAUUCCUCAGCUUCCCAAGAUGUUUCCAGGUCUGCUUAUGAAUCUGCACGUUUAUGCUAGAGAGUUGCCAAUGUUUUCCUUCCAUCCCAGUGUUGUUAAACUGGGCUUCCCGAGCGUUGUUAAAGCUUUCGCCAUCCAGCCAAACGGUACCCAGACCCCACUGUUCAAACUCAAUGUUGACUCCGAAUUCAGUGGUAAAGUGUGGAUUGUUGGUGGAAAACUGAAUGGAUCCAUGUCAUUGGAUAAUUAUACACUGACGCUGGUGGCGAGUGAAGUGGGACCUUUUAAGACUGAUACUUUAGAACGCUGUACAAGGCUGGGAAUGAUGAUGGCCUUGUUAAAACUGAAUGAGGCACUGGACAAAGGUGUUGAUUUACCCAGAAUGAGACACGCACAGCUGGUUAACACAGUUCUGAGUGUGGAAGAGGGAUUUAUAGCCGUCUCUUCAGAUGCUCAGGUGCUGACAGACAGAGGUUUCAACUGACAAACAUCGAAACUUUAAACAAGGUUAGGAUUCUUU